AAAUUACCACAUGGAAUGGAGCUGUCAGAGAAUAUCCUGCCGUCACUGACAGACAGGCAGUAGUAGGCACCUUUCGGAUGCGAACCUUUACGGUUUCAGUGGAACACAAGUCCGGAUGGGACAGCGUCAACAACCUGGACCAAGUUGUCAUGAUCACAGCAGGAAGAUCUGUGUGCACUGCAAGUGUGUACGAGAGGAGCAUGCAGUGCGUUCGGUGCCAGGGCAGCUGGAAAAGAUGAUGACGAAGCUGGUAUCAGACUUUCAGAGACACUCCAUAUCCGACGACGACUCGGGCUGCGCCUCCGAGGAGUACGCAUGGGUCCCACCUGGGCUCAAGCCUGAACAGGUAUUCCAGUAUUUUAGCUGCUUACCUGAGGACAGGGUGCCUUAUGUGAACAGUUCGGGGGAGAGAUACCGAAUCAAACAGCUGCUCCACCAGCUGCCAGCCCAUGACAGUGAGCCCCAGUACUGUAACUCUCUGGAUGAAGAGGAGAGGAAGGAGCUGCGUCUCUUCAGUCAGCAGAGGAAAAGAGAACAUUUGGGCAGAGGCGUCGUCAGACUCUUCCCAGUGACUAUGACGGGAGCUAUCUGCCAGCAGUGCGGCAGGCAGAUCUGCGGAGGAGACAUAGCAGUGUUUGCUAGCCGAGCUGGACACGGCAGCUGUUGGCACCCUCAGUGUUUCCAGUGUGCCUCCUGCAGUGAGCUGCUUGUCGAUCUGAUCUACUUCUACCAGGACGGACAGAUCUACUGUGGCCGGCACCAUGCCGAGAGGCUCAAGCCUCGCUGCCAGGCCUGCGAUGAGAUCAUUUUAGCUGAUGAGUGCACGGAGGCAGAGGGAAGAUACUGGCACAUGAAACACUUCUGUUGCUUUGAGUGUGAGGCUGCACUCGGCGGUCAGCGCUAUAUCAUGAGAGAGAGUCGACCGUACUGCUGCUCCUGCUAUGAGUCCCUGUAUGCAGAGUACUGCGAUACCUGUGGAGAACACAUAGGUAUCGACCAGGGCCAGAUGACAUACGAGGGUCAGCACUGGCACGCUGUGGAGUCCUGUUUCUGUUGCGCCCGCUGUCGACUGCCUCUGCUGGGGCGACCCUUCCUCCCUCGAGCGGGGCUCAUCUUCUGUUCCAGGCCCUGCUCACUGGGCGAGGACCCCAAUAACUCUGACUCCUGUGACUCAGCAUUGCAGAGCAGACCGCCUCAGCAUAACAGACGCUGUGGGACAGCACAGAAACGCAAGCAGCCAGAGUGUGGUUCUCCACUGAAGCCACUAGAGGGCACCAGCCCCACUACAACUCCUACAAAAGAUUGCACUCAGUCAGCAGUGGAAAAAAGAGGUGACCACUGCACUGCUCCAGUUCAAAAUGGAGUUCCUGCACGUAGUGGUUCUCCUCAUCCAAGAGGCUCCUACUCACCGCUUCCCCACAUUCAUCUAGGAAACGGCUUAGGUCCCUCUUGGCCUAGCGAUCUUCCACAUUACAGUUUAUUGCCAGGGAACUGUGGUCUCAAAACUCCAGUCAGUGGUCUUCAGUUUCAGGGAGAGCUAAAUGGAAAUACUGGACUAACUGUUCUAAAUUCAAAAGGGUCCUCCACUGCAAAAGACUGUAGGAACUGGGUGGAAAGGACAAAUCAGGUUAUGCAAGGGUUUCCUUCUCAGAACCACCUCAUUUCACCUGACCCAUCUCCCUUCCCUCCCAACAAUCCAUCCAUCCUCCCACCUCCUCUGCCCGUCAAGUCCCGAGACUUGAUGCCCCGGGAUUCUCCGCCACUGAACCUCCCCCAACCAGAGGACAGGCCCUCUGAUUCUCCACCCCCGCUGACUCGCAGUGGCACAGCUAGAGUCAGCUUCAGAGAGCCAAUCAGCAGCAGCUACUCUGUUGAUGAGGACGACAAUGAAGAUGAGAACGAGAUAGAGUUGCAAGAGGGUGAGGAAAACCAGCAGGAUGAAACUGAGGUGGAGGGAGAUUUUAGAAGCAAGGUACAUCUACAGAAAGGUGUUCCACUGCAGAUUGAUCUUCUGGAUGGGUCCUCUAACCAACAGCAUAGUCAGCGGCAAGGGUGGAGUCGUAGCUGCAUUCCCUCAGACCCUACUCUCCACCCAGGAGCAGAGAGGCACCCCCAACUCUCUCGUCCCGACAGACCUCGACUGGACACCCUGGACAGGAGAGGCGACAAAGAGAGGGACAAUGGGGGCUCUGCCAUCACCUCCUCACUGACCCUCCAGGCGGGCCACUACAAACAUGAAGACUCCUGUUCUACAUGCUCCUCAUCCUCAGACUCCGAGGAGGAGGGUUACUUCCUGGGGCAGCCCAUUCCUCUUCCCCCACAGCUCCGAAAGCAGCAACCUGAGGCGGGCAAAGAUAAAGGGGAAGAGGAGGAGAGGGAGGUGCAGAGAGACUGGGGACUACGAGGCAGCCUGAGGCGGAGAAGAGCUCCCAGUCUCGGUGCAAGGGACAAAGAUAAAAACUGUGCCAUCUCCUAACCCCCGCUAGCCAGCAGCAUCAGAACACAGCAUGUCAUUUUCUAAAUUAUGGUGCACAAAAAACACUAAUGGCCCUUCACUACUCUGCAGUUCAAGGUUUAUGAUGAGGACAUAGUGUCCUCAUCCAACACAUGUGCAGACUUUUCCAAAUGUGAACCACGGCCAUUGCUCCUACUAAACGAAGGAAAGCAAAAUAAACCUCAGAAAAGUCUCUACUGUUGCUUUACGGCGUUGACGUCUCACUGUUCAUUACUAGGACGCUCCAGUGUAGAAAUGGAUGUAAACAGCGAUAUUGAAUGAUUAUGUUUGGCUCAUACUCGAAAGACAAGAAGACUCAGAGCUGUGUUGUAAUAAAAGGUCACUGACUUUUAUCACUAUCAUGUUUUACAUAUACAACACGUUCCUCCACUACGGUUUGUAAAAUAUUGAGUCUGUCUUAUUUUAAGGCUACGGUAACCAUUUCUGUGCUCUUAUGUGCAGUGUUUAUAUGGCUGUAAUAUAUUACAGGUAAGAAUAAUAAAUGGCCAAAUCUUAUGUGAUGGAGUAUGAUGACUUCAGUGUGCUGGUAGUUUUCUACAUUCAAAAUCAAAGGGAUUGUCACAAAGUAUCACACAAAGCUUAAUAAAUGAAAGGUUAAGUUUGCUGUGUGUGUGUUGUAUAGUACAGACAAAAUACUGCAAAAACCCAUGUUGUCAAGUGUCUAAUCACAUGUGGUUCACAGGUCAUUUAUUUUUAUAUACUCUGUGUACUGUAGGUCACUGUUCUUGUUUUAACUUUGGGUAAAUAAAAAACGAGAUAACAUGUUGUUUGA